AUGUAUACUACGAACGGUCACAAAGUCCCUCCUCCCCCAGUACCCCACGUUUUGAAUGUUCUCGAUCGACGUUAUGAUGCCCGGUUCUAUGAGACUAUUUCCAGGAUUAUGUCUCUGCGUGAGAUUUACCUCCGAGACCGAUUCAUCUUCGUCAGAGGCGAGGAUAUGAUCCCCAUUCUGAAAGGUCUCGGAGCUAGACAAGAAGACUUCAAGUACAUUCAGUUGAUCAGCGACCUAACGGGACCGGAUCCAACCCUCGAUUUUCGAACCGUGACCUAUGGACGCUACUGCAUCGAUUUCGAGACGCGUAGCAUACGGCGACUUGAGGAGCAGGCCUACACUCUCACCGUGCAAGAGGACUACAAACGCCAUGACUCGGGGAUCCCGAGGAUGUUUGAUGAGGCUCCGACAGACAUGCAAGGCAACACAGUAGUGCAGGCCCUGAUGAUUUUCAAAGCCCUGAUAUUCCAGGGCGUCCGUGUCAAACCCCGUGAUCGACUGGACUAUUCCUCCACCAGCUGGAUAUGCAAUAUGUUCGACGCCAGUACACACACUGAUAAGAAAAGUGGCAUCCGGGGGGAACCGGCUCUCGAAGGUGUCCAUUCCGAUGGCUCUGACCACACAAUGACUGUCUUCUUGGGCAGCAGUAAUAUGCGCCCCGACAGCGCGGUCACUUACAUUCAUGAUAACCGCGAGACGACCGGAAUACAGAUGUGCGAGACGAAUCCCACACUGAUCAAGGGGCGGGUGCAACAUCGACACUUCCUUGAUAGUCUUCUCUUUGCGGACCACGACUUCAAGCACAGCGUCACGUCAUUGUAUCAGUUAGAUUUGAGCCAGCCAGCACGCAGAGAUAUGCUGAUCUUGUUUACUCGUCGCCCCAAGAUGGAUGGACAUGUGCAAGGAUAUGGGGAUUCGAUGGAUCUUCAUAGUACGGCAUCAUUGCAUUUGCCACUGUGGCUUCCUUGA